AUGAAAUUUGGAAAAAAUAAUGCAAAAAAAUUAAAUUUAGAAUUAUGUGAAACAUUUGAUCAAUUAGAUAUCGAUCAGGAUGGUCGUUUAAGUCGGAAUGAAAUAGCCAUGCUAUGGAAGAUAAUAAAUGUUGAACCAACAAGGAUUGAAUUGGAUUGCAUCUUCCAAGAAAUGGAUCCAAACAAAACAGGUUCAAUUAGCAAGGAAGAUUUCAUACGCUACAUGAGUACACCACCGGAACAUCGAACAAGUAUUACCGAAUUGGAACGAUAUUUCCGAUUGUAUGACAGUGAUGGCGAUGGUGCUAUAACAAUUGGUGUCAUUUUAAUUUAUCAAGUAUUGAAAAUCCUGGAAGAAACGAUCAAACUAACAGAUCGGGAAUUGGUCGAAGCAAAGUUUCAAUUAACUGAUACAAAUAAUGAUGGACGAAUUUCAUUCGAUGAAUUUAUGAGUAUGAUAAAACAAUCAUAA